GACGACCACGGCGACCCGGGGUUCUCUUACAUUGCACGUCCAGUUCUCAUGUCGAAAGAGUGAAUGCCGAACCCAACUCCGAAUUCCUCUUCAUUUCUGACUACAAGGUAUGUAAGGAAGGAUUAUAUAGUACUAGCGGCGCAGUAGCUGUGGCCGCAGUUAAUCAGAUCCCCUCCCAUGUGCCAUUGGAGAGGGCGGGAUCCCAUUUAUAAAAGGGACCGUGCCAAGUUCCCGCAGUCUCUACCCGAAUCUUCCUCUUUCCAUUACCAUGAGCGACUCGAAGGGUGCAAUCAGACUGCCUGUCUACACUGACGAGGCUGUCCCAGAGCGUCCUCACCACACUUCCAAGUGGAUCAAAUUGGGCAAAAUCUGUCUUAUCUCCCUGGUUGCUUGGAUGUUCUUUUCCAGUGCCGCCACGAGCGUGUUCUCGGGUGUUUCGAACUUGCUCAGUGGCGAGUACCACUAUCCCAUUCCAUCCGAUAUCACCACGUCCGACUGCGUAUCGUCCUGGGACGUCACCACGCCCCACCCGUCGCAACCUUGGGGAUACCACUACGCUGCGUCUGCCGAGCCGUUCAGCUUCGGCGUUCCCGAAGAGGCUCUCUUGCUCCUCUCCAAGGGGUCCCUCCAGGGCGGAUCGCUGCACAUCUCGGUGGGCGAUGACGAAGACGUCCAGGUCCAAGUCACAGUCCUGUAUUCCAACGAGGAAGCUCGGGACCUGGCGCGUGUGUGCAUGAUCGAGCGAGCCGACGGUGAGAAGGGCGUCGGAAUCUUCACGCCGACGCAAUCUGUAUUCCCGCCUCGUCAAUCUAACCGUCUGCGAUUCGAAGUGGAGCUUGUCUUGCCUCAAUCUGCAUACAUCAAGUUACUCUCGACCGAUGUCAGCAACUUCAAACAAAACGUGGACGCUCUGAAGGACGUGGUCGAUUUUGGCAAAAUCAUGCUCCGGGGUUCCAACGGAGAGAUUCGCACGGAAGCUGUCGCGGCGGACACUGAUGUUUCCUUCACUACGUCCAACGGGAAGAUCAGCAGCGAAGACCUUCAGCACAUGACUGCCCCAGUCAUCGACCUUCACUCGUCCAACGGCGCUGUUUCGGGCCGAUUCUCGGCCUCCCAGUCAUUCGGAGUUGUGACCAGCAAUGGUCGAGUCGAUCUUUCUCUGACACUCAAUGCGACUGGCAGCGAAGAGCCCAAGGUCUCAAUCAAGACCAGUAACAGUGCACUCAACGCCGAGCUGACGUUGCUUUCGCAAUCCGGCUCUGGCGGCGUUUUCCCCAUCCGGACGGAAACAUCCAAUGGUCGGCUUGACACCAAGGUCGUCGAGGCCCCAAUCGACUCGGUCAUCACACUGGAUGCCCGGACCUCCAAUUCCGCGGGCUCAAUCGAACUCCCGGCCACCUACGAAGGCCUGUUCUCGAUCUCCACUUCCAACGCCAAAACGUCGAUGCACCGUGUGUCCGGGAACGACGAGGACCCCAAGUGUGCUGUCGCGAGUGACUGCGAGCCGAGGAAGAGACACGUCCAGACAAAGAUGCAAAACAAGGGCCACGUCGCGGGGACCGUGUUUUGGGAGCAGGGGAACGAGGAUCGCGGCAAGGCCACUCUGCGGACCUCCAACGGCCCGGCAGAUAUCUACCUGUGAACGAGCUGGUUGUUUGUACAAAUGUUGUUUUUUGCGUAUUGUAUGUACAGAUCGGCAACGCUACACUCCCUUUGCCUCCUGUUGCGCGACCUUCUCGAUGGCUCGAGAUACCAAAUCGGCGCCGUCGCCCGUCCAGAAUUGUUUCUCAUGUGAACCCAGUCGGCCGAGCACGUGGUCUGCCAGAUCCCCCGUCGAGCGCCCCACACCGAGGCGUAUGCGGUGGAAGUCGCGUGUCCCGAGCGCGGCAAUCGUGCUUUUGAGCCCGUUGUGGCCGUUGUGGCUCCCCCCGAGGCGGUACUUCAUGAUGCACGGCGCGUGCUCGGCGGAAUCGGAUAUGACGAUGAGCGCGCUGGGCGGGAGACCGCGUUUCCGCAGCGCUGCCGCGAUCGACGGCCCGGA